GCAGACUCUGAAUCGGACUUGACUCCAUUUGUAAUGAACGCUCCAAAGAACGGGGAUCAGAUCCAGGCUGCCGCCGAGUCGACGAGGACAGAACGGAGAGGAGCGAGAUAAACGGGGGAAGACGUCAGCACCGCUUUGAAUGGACCUCAGCCUCGGCUGUAGCCGGCGGUGACGGGAGGCAGCGAAGCGGACGAGCGGCGGGCUGCGCGCGCGGAGACGGACGGAAGACGAAAAAAAUCAAAAAAAAAAUCAAAACAAGCCGAUGAUUUCACAAAGCCGCACGGGGAGCGCGGUCAAUUCACGAGAGACGCAGCACUGGGACAGUUGGAUUUUUAAAAAGCAAAGCAGGGGAAAUCAGAGCGAGCCACAACGAGCGAGCAGCCUGCGGAGCGCGCAGGAGUAGGAUGUGCGUGUGUUCUGCCGGGAGAGCGGAGCAGUGCGUUUGAGUGGGACAUGGCGAACGGAGGGGACCAGUUCGGCCUUGCGGAGCGUCCGGACUCGGACUGCAUGGAUUCGCCGAAGGAGGCCAAACAGGAGAAUCACAGCUUCCCCUUAAACUCGCCAGCUUCGCCGCAGACAGCGUCCAGCCAGCAAAUACCGGGCUGCACCGUGGAGCACAAUGGAAUGGAAGGAAUCAAAGUUUUCCUUCAUGACAGGGAACUUUGGACGAAGUUUGAUGAAGUGGGAACUGAAAUGAUCAUCACCAAGGCUGGAAGGAGGAUGUUCCCUAGUUACAAAGUGAAGGUCACGGGACUCAACCCUAAAACCAAAUACAUACUGCUCAUGGACAUCGUGCCUGGGGAUGACCAUCGCUACAAAUUUGCAGACAACAAAUGGUCUAUAACUGGAAAGGCAGAGCCGGCCAUGCCCGGGAGGCUCUACGUCCAUCCGGAUUCUCCCGCCACUGGGGCGCACUGGAGCCGCCAGCUUGUGUCCUUUCAGAAGCUCAAACUCACCAACAACCACCUGGACCCCUUUGGACACAUAAUACUCAACUCCAUGCACAAAUACCAGCCUCGGCUCCAUAUUGUCAAGGCGGACGAGAACAACGGCUUUGGCUCCAAGAACACGGCGUUCUGCACCCACGUCUUCACCGAGACGGCCUUCAUCGCUGUGACGUCGUACCAGAACCACAAGAUCACACAGCUGAAAAUAGAAAAUAAUCCCUUUGCAAAAGGCUUCAGAGGCAGUGACGACAACGAGUUUCACCGCAUGGCCAAGCUGCAAGGUAAGGACUAUCCCGUGGUCCCCCGCAGCACUGUCCGACAGAGAGCCGGCCCGGCUGGGAGUCCGUUCGGCGGCGAGGGUCGAGGCCUGCGGGGCUCCCCCGAGGGCGCCGGGUCCCCCUACAGCUGUGACAAUGACUUGAACAGCAGCAGCCCUCAGGAGCUGCUGAGCCCCCCGCCCACGCACUACACCCUGCCUCACCUGCAGCACAUCCCCCCGCCGCAGGGCUACCACUGCACCAAGAGGAAAGUGGAGGAGAACUGCUCUCCAGGAAACCGCCAGCUCUCCUACAAGAAGCCCUUCGCUUGUAGCCCACCGAGUGAGGGCGAGUCCUACUAUCACCCCUCCUCCUACCCUCCUCCCCCGCCGGCUCUGUCCAACAACGCUGCCCUGGCGCUCACCGACUCCCCCUACAGCUCAGACAUGGGACAGCGCCAGGCCUGUAUGUUCGCCGGCUCAGAGCCCAGACUGGAUGAACUGAACUGUACGCCGUGGUCAUACACUUGCCCGCUCCCCUCCGCCAUGACCCCCAUAGACCCCUUCCCCCCUUACACCCCUCACCCGCCUUACAGCUCCAGCCCUCAGGGCUCCCGACUCAGUGCUAUAGCCCACCAGAGCUCUCCUCCGCUGGGGGAGCACGUCUCCCAUGACCCUUACCAGAGCUCUGGAGCCCCGACGCAAACCUCCCAAAACCUUCACACCCGGCAGCUCAGCCCUCCUCUUAGGGAGUACCCUCGCUACACCUCCAGCCUCUCCCCUCCUCUCUACCACACGCUGGAGACGCACAUCAGAUGUGGAGUCCCCGAGUGGAGCGCGGCCUCCUAACUACACCAGAGGACAUAUUGGAAGUUUGAUUAGGGGUCAGAGAUGCGAGAUUUGUCUCGAGUGACGCUUCUUUCUCUGUCUCCUCUGAACAAUGCUGCACCGUACACAGACUAAAUAUAACUAUAUAUUUACCUUUGUAACGUCAAUGUGACAAGUGUGAUUUUCGUGCUCCUCCUGUUUCUGUCACAUUUUGUCCCCUGUGCCGGAUGGAGCAGUGGACACGGACACUCGUGAAGCCUAAAAUGCUGAUAAAGGAGCCCAAGCAGCACAAACAGAGUUGUACCUUAUUGUCUUUCCGCAGCCCAAAGACUGGUGUGAUCCAGAUGUUUGCACUGUGAGGCCUGACAGCGGCUCUUUCCCUCUCAGUGACUACCACUCUUUGCAUUGUGAAGGAUGGAAAUUGUGACCCACUGUCAGGCAGGCAGUAACAUUUACUGACCAAAAUAAUCUCAGCUUUCACAGCUGAGCCCGAGGGAGACGUGUGUUUUUUUCUCCCUCUUUAGCAGAGGUCCAUGCUCAGUCCCAGUGAAGAAGAAAUGGCUGGAGUUGACUCUGUGUGUGCGUGAGAGCCUGUGUCAGCUCAGCUCAAAGAUGCUACGAGUUAAUUUCUGAUGAGACAGGCAGCGAGUAGCUGCGGGCUCUGCACCAUAGAGAUAAACAGUUUGUUUAGACCACGCUACAGGCGGAAGGACCUGUAAACACUGUUUCUACUGCAUUCUGGGUAAAUGAACAACUCAGCGUCACGCAGCUGUCACCGCUGUCCUCCCAGUCACCCCCAGCUGACCAAUCGGGCUUCCCUGUCCACAGACGUUCGACCAACCAGCACACGCUGCUUCCUCAUCCGCAGUGUUUCACGGACGCACAUGUCGGCCUGUGUAUGUUUGCGUCUGAAUUAUUCACGAGUCUAGUGUUGAUUCUUGACAGGCAAGGGCUGCUGAGCAAACACAAAGGGACAGUGUUGUAAAUGUGCUCAUUUUCAUCUAAAUUGCUCUUAUCCAUACAGCAUCGCUCCCCUUGUUUCCUUGGAUUUGGGUACCACUGUUCAUCCUUUGAAGAAACCUUUGUGGCUCCUUUUUGUGCAGAAUAGAUGCAAGCUGAGAUUUUACUUUCUCUUUGUGUAAUGAAGCAGUUUUGUUUCUGCCCAUGUGUUUUACAUGCAGUAAGAUGUGAGAAGGUGCUCUGACAAACGGUCCUCAUGCAGAGAGCAAAUCCUCCAUUCCUUAAUACGUGUGUGUGUGUGUGUGUGUGUGUGUGUGUGUGUGUGUGUGUGUGUGUGUGUGUGUGUGUGUGUGUGUGUGUGUGUGUGUUUGUGUGUGUGUGUGUCUGUGUGUGUGCGUGUGUGUGACAGUGAGAUGUAAAGUUGUUUGUUUUAUAGCCUGCUAAUAGUAUUUAUUACUCUAGAUUUGUAAAGAUUAGUUUGUUGUCGACUUGUGAAACAAGACAGUGUUGUUUGGACUUUGUUUCUCAUCCAAGGUUUGUUUCUGGUCCCACCCUCCAUUCCCAGGUGAUGACCAGUAGUUGUGGCAACCAAACG